AUGGCCGAGGAUUCACCCAGUGGCUGCGUUGCAUGUGGAUGGACGCCCGAGCAGCAAGACCAAUGCUUUUAUUCGAGCCAUGUCAAACUCUUUUAUGGUGCAAGCAGACGGGGGGUAUGGUCGAUUGGGACUGAUGUGAUUAUGAAAGAACGCCCCGACGAAGGCCCAAAGACCGAAGUGGAUACACUAAAUCACCUUGCAAACUACCCUGAUAUCCCAGCUCCAAAGGUUUUGCGUGACUGGGUCGAUAGUAACCGGCGAUACUUUGUACUUCAAGAACGGAUACAAGGGCAAACGCUUGAGCAGGCUUGGCCUUUAUUGUCAGAAUCCCAGAGAACAGCUAUCGCGGACCAAGUGAUUGAAGUUCGCAACCAGCUACGAUCUAUCAUCUCGAGAUCUAUACAAAGUGUGGAUCAGAGUCCUUGCUAUCCGGGGUUACUUUUCUCUGACCGCGAGCCUCAUGGACCUUUUCACUCUGACCUCGAACUCUGGGACGCGAUAAGCCGCACCCUCCACACAGUCCCUCGACGAGCCUUAGAAAAUCUGAAAAAAAGACUCCCUAGGUGUGAGCCCUAUGUCCUCACGCAUUGCGACCUCAACUUGGGUAAUAUCAUGGUUAAAGAUGGUGGUGCUUUAGCUGGGAUACUUGAUUGGGAAUUUGCUGCCUAUUAUCCUAUAUGGUAUGAAUAUGUUUCAGCCUCUUGGGGAUGGACUGAGGAGGAUGCCGAAUGGAAAAAGCUGCUUCAGGAGCGUUUGGAUAUACAUGGCGAUGGGCAUACCGACGCAAAGAAUUUCUGGAAGGAUUUGCGUCUUUUGAGAAAGUACCCGAAUUUGGAUGAAAAGGGCCGUGAAGUCUUUGAGAAGUUGUGCUUAGAUGAACGGUAG